AUGAAGCGUGCACCUUGGAGGACCGAUCGGAAGUUUAAAUCGACUUUUCGAAGACUGUUGCACUACGUGUUAGCUGUUGCUGGUCGUAAUGCUGGUGAAGAUGCGGAGCCGAUCUCUGCUCGAUCGUUGUCCAGAGCCAGUAGCCGUCGGUCUAUACCGGAAUUUAUCUAUCCGGAUACCAUCCAACAACGUGUGACCGAUGAAGACUGUCCCGUCUGCCAGAUCAUGCUGCCCAAGGGACGAAGCGGUUGUGUGCGUGUUGUCGUUGUGUCCCGGUUGGUGAUUCUCCAUGAAGAAGCCGAAGAUGGAAAUGCGAUGCCUGAUCUCACACGCCCAGUCGGGGCUGUGUCAAGGGCGGUCGACAAUCUCAUUAAGGUCGGCUACGAUACGUGCCAUUCGUCCGAUGACCAGAUUCUCCAACAGGACAUGCCGCCGGCGUUGCAGAGAGUCGAAACCAGCUCUCGACUUCUCGAAGACGCUUGUCAUAUGCUCAAGGGCGAUCCGUUUUCGGUGCCGGCCCGGAAAAAGCUCAUCGACGGCGCACGAGGUAUUCUACAAGGAACCAGCGCGCUGCUGCUUUGCUUCGAUGAGUCAGAGGUUCGCAAAAUCGUUCGUGGAUGCCGAAAGGUGCUCGAUUACCUAGCCGUAGCCGAGGUCAUCGAAAGUAUUGACGAUUUGGCUCAAUUCGUAAAGGAUAUCACCCCAUGGCUCUCACGCGUCUCAUCGGAUGUAUCGAAUCGGCAAGCUGAGCUGACUCAUCAAGUCCAUAGGGAUAUUCUAUGCCGUUGCUUGGAUCAAAUACGAACACUGUCACCAAUCCUUAUAUGCGCUAUGAAGAUAUUCAUCCAGAUCGGACAGGAUCAGCAACGUGGUCAAUCUGAAGCAGCUGAAAAUCGAAACUACUUGGCGGCACGAAUGACCGACGAAAUGCACGAGAUCAUCCGUGUCCUCCAACUCACCACCUAUGAUGAAGACGAGUGGGAUGCAGACAAUGUGACGGUGAUGCGUAAGGCUAUGUCCGCAGCGAAAUCUCUCCUGACAGCCGCGCUCGAUUGGCUGGGCGAUCCACGAGCCCGACCUGGAGCUGUAGGAGAGAAAGCAAUUCGUCGAAUUCUUGACUAUGCUGAGCGUAUCGGAGCUCGAGCAUUGCCUGAAGACAGUUAUGCCAUCAAGCGCUCGAUUUCUGAGAUCGCCUCGUUGACCGACGCCAUCUGUGAAUUGAGGAAUCUGGGCCGAUAUGACAACGAAGGGCUUGCCGUUAGCUGCGCUCAGAAACUCAAGGAGUUGGUUGGCACCAAACACAGCAGCGGUAUACUUCCUGACGCCUUGUUGAAUGCUAACCGCUUCGGAGGUGCCAAUCCGGCUCAUACGGCUGGUGGACGUUUGGAGCAGGCGCUAAGAUGGCUAGAUAAUCCUGGAGUGGAUGAUGGUGGUCUAGGACUUCGUGCCAUGAAAAUGAUGACAGAUGAUGCACGGCGACUUGCUGACAGAUUGAACCCACAAGAUCGCGGUCACCUGCUAGGCUUGUGCUCCGACAUCGAUCGACUAGCGAAUCAGUUGGCCGAUUUGGAACGGCGAGGCUUGGGUAACACCCCUGAAGCGAAUGCCAUCCGCCAACAGCUGAAGGAUAAAUUGCGAGAAUUGUCGGACUUCAUGAGAAGAGUCCUCACUGAUCGUGUGGUAGAGGACUUCGCUGACAUCACGACUCCUCUCAAGCAGUUUGUCGAAGCUGUUCACGCCGAGCCACAUGCGCCCAACAGAGAAGGAAACUUCGCCGACAAGGCUGAUCGACUACGACAGCACGCCGGUAGCAUGACAAACACUGCUAGACUGGUGGCCACAUGUGGUCCAUGCAAGAGUAAGAACACGGUCGAAGCUAUUGUGGACACCGCUGAGAAGGUUGACCAGAUGACCCCACAAUUGGUGAACGCUGGAAAGAUCCGUCUGCACAAUCAGACUGACUCGGCCGAGCAGCACUUUGAGAACCUGCACAGGCAAUACGCUGACGCAUUGCAUCGUCUGCGAUCUCAUGUUGAUGACGCCAUUGACACCCAUGAGUUCGUCAGAGCCAGUGAAUCGGCUAUGCGUCGAUACACUAAUCGAUGUGAGGAUGCGAUCACAAACAACUAUCCGCAAGGAAUGGUCGAUAAUACUUCUCAGAUCGCCCGCCUCGGUAACCGUGUAUUGAUGACGGCACAGAACGAGGCCGAUAAUUCGGAGGAGCCAGCAUACUGCGAUCGAGUAAACAGUGCAGCUAACCAAGUGCGCUCCGCCAUUCCACCGAUGGUCACCCAGGCAAAACAGGUGGCAAUCAGUCCACGCGAUACUGGUGCAGCAAAUGCAUGGCGCAAUGCUAACGACCAAUUGUUGGACUCGGUUCGAGCUGUGGGAGAUGCUAUCGCUGGUUUACAGAACGGACGGCAUUCAGCCAUGUACCAAGACAGCCUUAGCCGCGCCUCACCGUAUCCUCCUGUGCAGCAAACCACCCAAGUUAUACGCACAAUACCACCGCAAGCACCCACGCCGCCCAUCGUUCAUAACAAGAUGAUCAUACGUGAGGAGAUCCCUGCACCACCGAGGCCACCACCUCCGGUUGAGAUCAGCCCUCCGCCACGGCCACCACCACCACCUGAGUACGACGAGGAGGAAGAGACGAGAGCUUUCUGGGAAAGAUAUCCUCUACCUCAGGCCAGCCACCAGCCAAUUCUGUCUGCUGCCCACUCAUUACACAACGAGCUCAAGCAAUGGUCAAGUCAGGAGAACGAUAUCGUAGCCGCUGCCAAACGCAUGGCUAUCCUGAUGGCUCGUCUGUCACAACUUGUACGCGGUGAAGGUGGAACGAAGAAGGACCUCAUUGAAUGCGCUAAAGCGAUCGCCGAUUCAAGUGAGGAAGUAACCCGACUGGCAGUACAUCUCGCUCGCCUCUGCACGGAUCUCAAGAUGCGAAUGGCUCUCCUUCAAAUGGCCGAACGUAUACCAACGAUAGCCACUCAGCUCAAAGUGUGCUCCACGGUCAAGUCAACAAUGUUCGGCACCUCAAUGACCAUUGGGCCGUACGGAGAACAAGUUGAUGGUAGCGAAGAGGACAUCGAAGCCAUGGAACAGCUAGCGCACAAUGCGCAGAAUCUCAUGCUGGCCGUCAAGGACACCGUUCGAGCUGCCGAAGCGGCCAGCAUCAAAAUCAAGACCAAUUCUGGUCUUCGUCUUCGUUGGGUUCGCAAACCAAUGUGGUCCAACUUCUGA